CUUCGAAUUAUUAGACCACUUCUUGCGCGAGUGCGAUGUUUGAAAUUUCUCGACGUUUCGAUGUAAAUCAUGCACUAAGCUGUUUGUAUACAAGUCGAGAUGAACUUUUCAGAACUGUUUAAGCAGACAAAUCAGCUGAGCAGAUUUUCACCAAAUGGCAAAUACUUGGUAAGUUCUAGGGAGAGAACAUCUUUCGAUCUUGUUCACGCUGCACUAACAAACUUUUUCUUCGUUACCAGGGUAGUUGUGUCCAGUAUCGAUUGCUUGUCAGAGAUGUCAAAACCCUCCAGAUUCUCCAACUCUACACUUGUUUAGAUGUUGUACAACAUGUAGAGGUAAAGUUCGAAUUCAUUAGAGCUGAGGCGCAAAGUAUGUAAAUUACAUGAUUCGUCACUUUCGUGACUACAAUUUAAUGUACUGAGAAUCAUUUAUAUAUGAUAGAAGAACUGCAGGUGUAGUUGAUACAUCAACACGUACUAUCAAAUCCUGGUGGUGUAUUUUGAAAGUGCAGCAUCAUUACCCCAGCAAUCAUAUGAUCUUGGCAUUUACUCAAUAGUUCUUCUCACUAUAUUCCAUAUAUUCCAUAGAUUCCCUACAAUGUUAUUUCAAAGAAUUUGGUGUUGGAUCAAAUAUUAAUCCCUAACUGAAAUAUCUCUUUAUUCUCAUCACUUGUCUACUUGAUAUUGUAUUGAUAUUAUAUAGAAAAAUUACAUGUAUGUCUUGGUCACUCCUGGAUUGAAAGAUUGGAUAGCUUUUGACAAACUACUUUUAUUUUUAUUUUCCUUGUAGUGGUCUUCUGAUUCCCUGUACAUACUUUGUGGCAUGUUAAAGAGAGGAAUAGUUCAAGUAUGUUUCUAUGUUGUUCGAGUUAGGAAUAAGUACAGUCUCUGAUUUGAUGGACUGGGAUGAGAUAAAUGUAGGAGAAGAGUAGAUCCAACCUUUGAGUUGUUGUUUUUAGUUAAUGAUCGAUUAACGUUUAUAUAUGUUUUGUGAAAUUAUGUUAAAGCAUAAAAAAUAAAAAAAAUUGUUGAAAAAAGAGGAAACACCUCAAAAGAAGAAAAAGAUGCUACAUUUACUCAACCACCUCAAAAACAUGCUGGGGCAAUCUGUAACAAAUUAAUGCAGGACUUAAAGCUCUGAGCUUGCCAAAAAAUGGAAUUAUGGAAGCUCUGAAUUAGAAAGUUAUUGCAGCACAUACUAGUCAAAGAAUGUUGGACCUGAUUUAACAGUUGACAUUUUUGUUUCUUUGUGGAAAUAUCCAUUCAUUCUUUACUUUUUUCACAGUAAUUGUCAUCGAUAACAAGUUUUUUAAUUUAAACAUGCCAUCAGGUGUGGUCUUUAGAGAAACCAGAUUGGACUUGUAAGAUUGAUGAGGGAUUAGCAGGAUUGACUGCCGUUAGAUGGAGUCCUGAUGGAAGACACAUUCUGUCCACCGCAGAUUUUCAGGUGUGUGGAUCUUACAGGGGAAAUUUUUUGCCACUGAUCAGUGAUGAUUUAAAGAAACAUAUGUCUUCAUGAUUGUCAGGCAUGAACUAGUUAUGUGAUCUUUUUCACAAAGAAGAUCAGUUUACAGAGUACCGUACUACGAAUUUGGAUCUGAGUGGAGGUUUGUAGCUUGUUAGUAGCCUCUCAAAAAUGAGGCAUAACAGGGGCUCUGAGCUGAAUUUUUUUAUCAAACUCACCAUAGUAAAUUUAAAGUAGUGUGGCAGAAAAAGAAUAGAAUGGAAAAAAUUUGAAAUUCAUAGAAUAUUGCAAAAUCUUCUGUAUCAGUAUUUUUACCAUUCAUGAACACUUAGCAAAAAGAGUACCAAGAAUACUAGUGAUACAGCAAACUACUCAGCAUUGAACACAGGUCACCAAAAUAAUGACUCUCACCGCAAAUGUGGUUGCCAAAUUUGUUUUUCUACCUGUGAUGGCAAGAUCUCAGCAUGCUUGUUACUGGCUUGACUCUUGUUACUUACAGGAGCUGCUUUACUGCCUAAUGUUGUGGGCUAUUUUAUUUUAUUCUUUUCUUUUUAGCUGAGAAUUUCUGUCUGGUCUCUGGUUAGCAAAUCUGUCAGUUACAUCAAGUAUCCAAAACACGCACAUGCAGGUAAUUGUUAAUGUAUAAUUUAUCUGCGCAAUGAUGACUUUUUACUGAAAGUAACCGAAUUAUCAUCAUAUGUGCUGUAAGUUGUUGAUAAAAAUAAUGGUGUGGUCCCCUACUGUAAUUACUCUAGGUUUUGGAGUACCACAUGUACAGUAGAAUGUCUCAAAAAUGUUUUCAAGUGUAUUAAUUUUGAAAGUGUGAUAGCAUACCUUUAUUUUCUUGAUUAAACAGAUUUUAGGUUGAAAUAUGUAGUUCAAUCUCUUAAUAAUUUUGGAAAUGUUGGUUGGAACAAAGGGAAAUGCCAGUCAAAUUAGUCAAAGAUUGUUUUUACCAACCAUGCAAUUAAUUUAAUCUGAAACUUACCUUAAUUCUGAAUAAAUGUAUCUUUAUUCUCAGGGCUUGACUUUACUAAAGAUGGUAAAUAUAUGGCAUUAGCUGAAAGAAGAAACUGCAAAGAUUGUAUAAGUAUAUUUGCUUGCUCUUCAUGGCAGCUAGUGAAGGUACAUAUACAUGAAUGGCAAAAUUACUAAUUAAAAAGAUGAUUCGCAUAACUGUAAUUGACCAUGUCAGUGUGUAGUUUUUGAAACAGUUUUCAGAAGCUAUCAGGAUACAAUUAUUAUACGCUUGAAUAUUAACUUAACCAAGAAUACUACAGUUUACUGUAAUAAAUACCAUUGAUGUGAAAAUUCUAAGCUAAGUUUUUAGGAGAUGAACAUUAAUAUUUUCCUCAUUUUCAUUGUUUAUAUCUAUGCUGAAUGUUAAUAAACUUCAAUAUUUCAGCAUUUUGAGGUGGAAACAAAUGAUUUGGCUGACUUGGCUUGGUCGCCUGAUGGUAGAGUUCUUUGCAUAUGGGACUCUCUCUUAAGAGUAAGUACUGUCAGUAAUACUCAUUCUACUCUUAGGAACUUAAAUCAAGAGUUCACUUAUGGUAAAACAGUGACAAAUGCAAUGCAUAUAAUUUAACAGUUGUUGCAUGAAUUUUUUAGGCAUAGGGUGUGUGUAUAUACACAUAGAGUGUGUUUGGGGGGGGAUCUGGGGGGAGAGCCCUUUGGCCUCCUCAUCACUUAGUUCAAUGUUUGUCUUUUAAGUUUGGUUUUCUUCCAUUAUACCUACCCAUCUGUUUCCUGUCUCUCUUACCCUCCCCCCACUAUUCUCCUUGAUUGUGGUGUACCCCCUCCCCUCCUGGUCCCCCUUCCCCCCCCCCCUCCUGCCCCUAGUCACAAUGGCAAGGUCAGAUUUCGUUUGAUAAUUGGAUAUGUUUGAUGUGAUCAACUUGAUUAGAAAUGUUUUUACACAAUUUUCUUUACUUUCAGUAUGAAUUAUUGGUUUAUUCAAUGGAUGGCCGUUGCCUAUCAAAAUACAGUGCAUACGAGUUUGCUCUUGGAAUCAAGUCUGUAUGCUGGUCUCCAUCCAGUCAGUUUCUAGCAAUUGGCAGCUUUGAUGAGAAGGUAUUUUUGGAACAGUUAAAUUAUAUUUUACGUCAUAACAAAGCUAGGUGCACAUCAAUGUCUUGUGGCGUAACACACUUUCACUUACCACUACUCAUGAAACAGACAUGUGCAGAGUGAAAUUUACUUCUGGUCAGCUGUCCUUGACGUCAGCAAUCCAGUUACGGUACUCGUUCUUUAAGCCAAAGUUACGGCAUGUAAACAGCCUUUAUCUGUACCAUAAAAUAAGUUGCAAUCAUCGCCCGUUAAAAGCUUUAAUACUCUUAUAUAAAGCUAUAUGCUGUUUUUAUGUUACAUGGAAAAAUGUUGCCAAAUUUUGUACUUCAACUAUUGCCUAUGGGAAAGGUAGGUUUGCAGUAAUACGCUGUGCAUUGCUUAAAUGGGCCUUGGUUUUCUGCUUCAACUUUGGUAAAAGUAGAACUGUGAAUGUAGGCAACCCACUACAUAGGUGACACGCGUGCAAUAUGAUGAAAAUCUAUCGAUUUCCAGCCUGUUAGGUAUUUGUAAAGGUACAUCACUGUAAAAUUGAAGAAUUGUGAUGUAACGUAAUUGAAUCACUUUUUUAAGGACAACACGGUUACUCCACACAGCAGUUAUAAAAGCCUUUAAAAAAAACUUUGCUGCUCUGUUGCAGUGUCGCGUGUUGAACCACGUCACGUGGAAAAUUGUCGCAGAACACAACCAUAGUCACACGGUGGAUUCUCCGUCAGUGGUAAUGAAGCUUCUUGUUACGAUGAACUAGAUAAGGACUACAUGCACAAUUCCUCUAGAGUUGCCUUAAUCUUUCCAUGACGUCAAAUUAAGUGUUCGCUUAAAGAGCAUGAACUAUAAAGAAUGGAGUUUACAAUCCUUAUAUAGGGUUUCCUUGAGGCUUGGAGCAGGAGGGCACCCGGGAAUGCAUUGCGCAAACUCGUUUUCUUCGAAAAAUGGCUCUACUUCCUUGGUUGCUGGAGUGUUAAGCCUUGGGAAGUUGAGUGAAUAUCCAGAAUGGAUGCCAACUACGCUGCUCACUCAAAAAAUAAGUGGUUUUGACAGCGUUAUGUAAUAUAGAGCGUAUCUUUUUUUUUUUUUUUUUUUUUUUUUUUUUUCGUGGCGAUCAAAAUUUUAUCCUGGACUGAUCAUCUCAUGAUUUUAGGUUGUAGGAUGGUAACUUUGAAAAAACUUGGAGCUCUGAUUGGUCAUCUUAUAAAAAGUUUAUAUUAAUUUGUUUCCUGAAUUUCUUAGAUUGUUUACAGAGAAGUGGAGCUGAAGCCACCUUUGCUAAAAGGAGAGAUCAUGCCGCCUGGCGGGUUUACGGUGCAGAGUAAAUGUGAGUUAUUAAUAUUUUUACAGUGCGAUUGCUGUUACAAGGAUCACCGAGACGUCACAAUGUGUUUAGAGCCACGCUGUCGCUCCUACCACAUUUUGACGCCAUCUAUGAUCUACAGUACCGCUCUCGUGUACUGCAGCAUCCCCAUGCGUCUCCGGUGGGUGUAGUUACGCAAAUGCAAUGGUUUACACGUGAAUGUGGGUAUUUUAAGUCUUCUUCGUCGUUCGCUUCACGCAUAUGCAGGUACUCUUUCACACCACUGCGAUCGCUAAGAAAUUUGUACUUCGCCGGACUUAACGAUUCUUGAAUGCGUUCUUGCGACGGGAAAAAUACGAAGUUGAUCAUUCAGGUAUAAUUCGCCCUAAUAAUCUGCUAUUCAUUUAAUUAGUUAAAGUGGAUUGUAUUUUAUCGCGUGAGUAAUUCUCUUCACUUAUGUGAAUGCUCAAGUCAAGCCUCUGUAUCUCUAAACAGACGCGCGGAAACAUGGAAUCUAUUUCUUAAUUAUUUCUUUGCAGAUGAGGUUCAGCCAGGCCCAGUCCAGGUUCCGACGCUUAAACCUGACCCAGAAAAGGCAAACCCCAAACUUGGUGUUGGACAUGUGGCCUUUAGUCAAGACAACAGAUAUUUAGCAACUAAGAAUGGUUAGUGGCAGUCACUAAGGUUUUACUUCUUUGGUAAAUAACGUAUAAUUUUUACCAGUACCUGUCCGUGCGAAUAGAAAAAAACAAGAAACUGCUCAUAGCGCGGAAAAACGCAAGUGACCAAAGCAAUCACAACAGCCAAUCAGAGCCAGGAAAAUAUCAGCAGGAGCCAAUGUGAACUUGAAUUAAAAACAAGCAGCCUGAAGCGCGGGAAAACGUUAGUGACCAAGCCGCCAGUUUUCUGAAGAAAUCACAACGCAAAAUCAAAGCAAUCCUGGAUUGCUUACGACUUUUCCAAUUAAAGAUUGCUUUCAAACCGCAUUUGCUCUAACUAACAUGUCUUUCUUUCUUUCGUUUUUAUUGUACAUAGACAACAUGCCUAAUGCUCUUUGGUUAUGGGAUGUGUCCAAGUUAUGUCUUACAGCAUUGCUACUGCAGACCAGUUCCGUGAGAGGUCAGUUGAUACACCUUAGUUAAUGGUUUAAUUAGUAAUACGCGCGGAUAUUGUGCGAGCUGCUUCGUAUUUUUCUGAGCUCCGUAGGGAAGAGUAAACACACAAGCAGCUUACAAAAUAGCCACGGGUAUAUAUGUUCAAGCAAUCGAAUAAGAGAUUUAUUAUUCCAUUAUUAUUUCAUUUUUUCUUCUUUUGUCUUAGCUUUCCAGUGGGAUCCAAAACAACCCCGGCUAGCCGUCUGUACCGGAAAUAACAAGCUGUACAUGUGGUCGCCUGCAGGCUGCGUGUCGGUAGUCGUACCUACAGAAGGUUUGUUGUUCCUCAUUUGGUUCCUAGUUUUGUUAUGACCAUGAUUAAGCGCUUUUCGUGAAACCGAAACAAAAGCUAUCACAACUGCCAACUUGAAGAACGGAAAGACUUUCAACGGCGAAUGAGAACUUACGGUGAAAACAACCAAAUUACUUAAAGCGCGGGAAAACGCGCGCGACUAAGUCGUGAGUGGUUUCAGUGGCAUCUGAUUGGUUGAGAACGUGGCACGAGUUUUCUGGAUCAAUCAUAGAGCGAAAAAGCACAACCAAUGCAAUCCUGAAUUACUUUCGGCUCUCAAUUGAAAAUUGCCUCGUGUUGAAUGGUGUGUUUGGACGUUGAAAAUUGCUACCAAUUGACUGGGAUAGAACAAGAAUAAACCAAAAAGAAAUUAGGACAUUUAAAGAAAGAAACUGUUUAAAAAGAUUGGAAAUGGAAAGCUUGGAAAAAAAUUUUACUGAAUUUUAAUUUUUGUCAGAAGGACACUUGUACGAUCAAUUAAGUUUGUGUAGCUCGUAAAGUUUAACAUACGUAAACUAUGGCAUGUUUGUGUUCAGCUUACUCGUUAUGCGGAAACGAUGUUUACAUUAUUACUUUUGUUUAUCUGGUAUUGGUCUUUGAAAGGUUUCUCCAGAAAGAUAUGUAUACCACAAGAGAAUCGUUGCUAAAUCAGUCUGCACACCCAAUUCCCAGUGCGAUUUCAUAGUCCUGAUUUCAUGUGUUUCCUUCUGGCUUCAUUUCAGCCACUUUCCAGAUCACAUCCUUACAGUUUCAUCCUGAUGGCAACAUUCUCCUACUGCUGGGAAAAGAUCACAUGUGCUUGUGUUUUCUGACAGACCCAAGGACAUAA